CCCGCCCUGCCCUUCUUCCGCCUCUGGCUUCACUCGGGGUGGGCGGGGCCAGCGCCUUCCCGGGCCGCGAUCUGUGUUGCUCUCGCGAGAGCUCCCCCUUUUCCCAGCCGGCGCGGAGCGAGAAAGGCCAUGUUCAGCUCUAGCGCCAAGAUCGUGAAGCCUAAUGGCGAAAAGCCAGAUGAGUUCGAGUCUGGUAUAUCCCAGGCUCUGCUGGAGUUGGAAAUGAACUCCGACUUAAAGGCUCAGCUGCGGGAGUUGAACAUCACAGCAGCUAAGGAAAUUGAAGUAGGUGGUGGCAGAAAAGCCAUCAUUAUCUUUGUACCAGUUCCUCAGCUGAAGUCCUUCCAGAAGAUUCAGGUGCGGCUAGUUCGGGAGCUGGAGAAGAAAUUUAGUGGAAAACAUGUGGUGUUCAUUGCUCAGAGAAGGAUUCUGCCCAAGCCAACAAGAAAAAGCCGCACAAAAAACAAGCAAAAGCGUCCGAGGAGCCGUACGCUUACUGCAGUGCACGAUGCUAUUCUCGAGGACCUGGUCUUCCCAAGUGAAAUCGUGGGCAAGAGAAUCCGCGUAAAACUGGACGGCAGCAGGCUUAUAAAAGUCCAUCUGGACAAAGCACAACAGAACAAUGUUGAACACAAGGUGGAAACAUUUUCUGGUGUGUACAAGAAGCUCACAGGCAAAGAUGUGGUGUUUGAGUUUCCAGAAUUCCAGCUGUAAAAUGCAAAGAAUGGCUGAAUAAACAACUAUUCAUAUAA